AUGAUGGAAUCACAACAACAACAACAACACUUUUCGUCAAGACACCAUGCUGAAUACCAAAAGCUUAACAUUCAAGGUGAAGAAGAUCAAUCAUUGUUGGAUACUGAUCAACAACAUGCCGAGAAGAAAGCUAGAAAUGAAAAGUUUUGGAAGGUCUAUUCCUACUCGUACUAUGCCAUGUUGACCAUUGCCACCGGUGGUUUGGCAUUACCAUUGAUUAUCUAUGACGCCAAAAAAUAUAUAUUUUUCCCUUCCACUACUAAUAUUGAUGUAAAUAUUCAUAAUAAAGGUCAAUUUCUACAUUCUCUUAUGAUACAUAAUAGCAGGUCAAACAACAAAGAUCUAAUGGUACAGCUUUCGAAGCUGGAGGGAGAGUGUGUCCCUUUAGCAAACAAUCCUUAUGAGGAUAUGAACUUUAACGAUUGCGAACUAUUACCUACAAACCUUUCAAUACUUAUCGACGCAAUCUCUACACAACAAGACAGAAUGGAUCAUACUAGUAAUAACAACAACAAUAAUAAUAAUAAUAACGACGAUAAUAAUAAUAAUAAUAACGGAAACAAUACAAAUCGUGAAAACAAUAGCAACAACAAUAAUAAUAAUAAUAAUAACAAGGACAAGAAGGAUACAGAGAACAACAAUCUAGAAAAUACUAGUAAUAAUAAUAAUAAUAAUAGUAAUACCGUUCCACUCAAUAUAGCAUUGACUCAAUUCGAUAUAAAUAAUAAUAAUAGCAUUUUACAUUUGGAGAAUAAAAAACAUCACAAUCAUCAUAAUCAUCAUCAUCUUCAUCACCUACACCCAAAUAAUAAUUCAUUAAAAGAUUAUGAGAUAUCAAAGUUACCAUUGAGAAAGAGACAUUUGGUACCAGACAGUGCAUAUUAUAAUAUUCACCAAUGUCUUGCAUCUCCUCAAUCACCUCCAACACCCAAACAGUCACCAUCUCUAUUCAGCUCAAAUUCUUCACUUAAACUAGAGGUUUCAGAUAAUUAUUCUGAACAACGUGUUCCUUCACCAAACAGAAGCAAUUCAUCUUCUGCUCCUGUUCAAAAAUCUACAACAGAAGAAGAUGAUGUUGAUGUUGGAGGAAUUGAUGAAGAACAAUCAUCUACAAAUAAUAAUAACAACAAUGAUAUAAAUAAUAAUAUCAAUAAUACAAUAACAACACCAACUGUUGUUUCGAAUACUUCCUCUUCCACUUCUACUACUACUACGACAACUAUUAGUACUACUCAUAAUAAUAGUCACAAGGUUCAUAAACAUCAUCAUCAUCAUCAUCACCAUCAUCAUGAUCAUGAAAAGAAAGAAAAGGAUAAAGAAAGAGAAAAGGAAAAAGAAAGAGAUAGUAGAGAAAGAGAAAGGGAAAGAGAAAGAGAAAGUAGAGAAAGAGAAAAGGAGAGAGAAAAAGAAAGAGAAAGAGAAAGUAGAGAAAGAGAAAGAGAAAGAGAAAAAGAAAAAGAAAGAGAAAGUAGAGAGAGAGAAAGUAAAGAAAGAGAAAAGGAGAGAGAAAAGGAAAAAGAAAAAGUUGAAAUAUACUUUAAAGAGCCUUUAGUUAAAGUAGAAAGUGAUCAAGAAGUAGAAAUUGAUAUUAUGGAUGAUGAAGAUAUCAAACACCCAAAACAUCGACAUUCAGCAAUGAAAUUGGAGAAAAAGAGAUCCAAGACACACAAAAAGGAUCAUGGUCACAUUGAAAAGAAACAAAAGAGUCACCAUACUGAUAGUAGUGGAGAAGAAAUAUUCCACAGUUCAAUGGAUGAAGCAAGUAGUAGUGAGUCUGACAAUGAUGAUGCCUCAGACUAUGACAACAAACUCUAUUGUAUCUGUAGAAAAAAGUACGACUCUAAUUCUUUUAUGAUUGCAUGCGACAAGUGCGAUGAAUGGUAUCAUGGAGCAUGUGUCAAUGUUUCAGAAAAGGAUGCAAAAAGAAUAGACAAGUAUGUUUGUGCAAAAUGUUGUCUUAAAAAGGAAAAAGAAUUAAAGGCUUCAAUAUCAUCAUCCUCCUCUUCAAGUCUACCACCAUUGUCAACAAUCAACAACAAUAAUAUCAACAAUAAUAUCAAACCAAUUCAAAUUUUAUUAAAAGAUUUACCAAUUCAACCUCAAUCACCAAGAUUAUCACCAAAAUCACCAAAACCCUCUUCACCUGUUUUAGAUAGCACAUCUAAAGCUGAAUUAAAUACCACCACUGUUGCUGGUCCAACUGCUAGCACUGCCGCCUCUUUCUCAUCAACCACCACCACCACCACAAUCAUUAUGACUUCAUCCAUUCUCAAUUCUAGCAAGUCACCAAUAACCAAAUCCUCCUCCUCCCCCUCUUCGACACUUAAAUGUGCUUACAGUAAAUGCAACAAUACCGUUACUUUGGGUUCAUCCAAGUAUUGUAGCAGAGAAUGUGGACUUGGAAAUGCCAAGGAAGUUCUCAAAAAUAAUCCAUCGGUCCUUCAAAAAUCAAUCAUACAAUCACCCAAUUCACCACCUUCUACCCAGCCAACACAACCAACAACUCCUUCCAAAAUAACUACUCCCUCUAUACCAACAGCUCCACCUCCUACUGCUUCUGCCGCGGUUGCCUCUGCAGCUGUUACUCCUCCAACAAAUGACAGCACACAGCAACUCUUAUCAACCUCUAAUGGCGAUGAUUUUUCAAGACUUCAACACAUCACCACCAAGAGGGCCGAGAUUGAGCAGAAACUGAAGCGAUUGGAAAUGAAAAGUACCGAAUUUGAGAAAACUGUUCAAAUGACAAAGUUUAAGAUUCAAUCAACCACCUUUUUAAAUAAUGAAGCAUUGUAUAAUAAUAAUAAUAAUAGUAAUGAUAAUAAUCAACAACAACAAAACAAUCAAAAUAAUCACAAUAGUAAUGGAAGUGCUCCUAAUACACUGCCUUGUAGUUAUCCAAAUAAGGAAUCUUCUACAGGCAUAUGUGGAAUUUUAAAUUGUACAGAACAUCAAAAUUGGGAAAAACGGGAAAGAGAAUCAUUUUUAAAGAAACAAAAUAUUUAUACAAAAGCACUUAGGGAUAUGGCUUUAGAAGAAAAACAAAUAAGGCAAAGAAUAGCAAGAAGAAACAAGAUUGCAAAUUUGGCACCAAAUUAA